AAGCUUUGAGCAGACGAGGUUCAGAAGCAUCAUCUCCACAUCAGUGAUUCGGAUUAAGAAAAAUGCCGAAGAGCCGAAUCUAUUAUUCAGAAUAUUACAGUGUUAUGUACAUUUAAUUGAGUCAUUGUUUUAAAUUAUUAGUGCUGCUAUAUUUUCAUUUUUGGCUAUGCUGCUCUGUAUAUUUUGACUGUUCUAGAAGUAUCAUUAUUGAUAGAUGACAACCGGUUGGCUUCAAAGUGGAUUUGUCAAUGCUGUGUAUUUGUAAAAGGAAUGCUAGUCAGUAGCCUGUAUCCUAGUUGAAGUGCAAAAAACAUUUGGUUUAUGGUGUCACAAUAUGUCAAAGUAUUCGGCAGACGACGAUAUCUUCGACAUCCAGCCUAGUAAGAAGAAGUACGCAUCGAAUGAGGAAGGAUACGAUAAGCAAGUGUACGAAGAAGAAUUUUACGUUGAGAAAGAGGCAGAAAGUGACGGAGAUAGGAGUGGUAGUGAUGACGACAAGCGUCGAUCCAGGAAAUCGAGAGAGAAGUUGAGAAGCUCAAGGACUCUUCGGCAGACAGACGUUUUAGAUACCUUGCCUAGAGGCAGAUUCGUGGCAAGGGAAUACUCGCACUCUCAAACCUACUUGAGAGCUAUGCGCGAUGAGUCAUGGCCCAGUAGGGCCCCCACUACGGGUAGUUUCAGAGCGAGAGAUUUCCCAGACAGAAGUAGGAGGAGAGAUCAUGACGACAGAGAGAGAGGCAAUGUUAGAGAUAGAAAAGAUGACAGAGAGAGGAUCGACCACGACAGAGAUAGAAAGGAUGAAAAAGAGAGGAAAAGAGACCAUCAUAAUAAAGUUCGGGAAAAAAGGGAUACCGAUAGAGUCAAGGAAAAGGAUAGAGACACAAGUAGGGACAAUGAAAGGGUGAAAGACACAGAUAAAAGCAAAGUCAAAAAGAAAGAUAAAUCAAACGACAGUAAAAAAUCGUUUGUUGAGGAGCAAUUCAAGCAGUUGUUUUCCAGAAUCGGGACAACGUUGGGACUCGAAAACAUGGACUCGUUAACGCCCGAACAAGGUUUGUCAAUCCUUCAAGCAAACCUAGGCCCAAUAUUCGGCGACAAACUGAAAAAAGAUCUAGAGGAAGACAACAGAAAAUCGAACGACGUGGUGCCGUCUCCACAACUGCAAAAACUGAAACUUCUGGAGAAGUUGGAGACAGUCAUACAGAAGAAUCUAGUCGCAGAUGGGGGUAAGAGAGCUGAAGUGAAGGCUGACGAGGGUAUAUUUCCGUCGUCUAGAAAGCGCAGUCGUUCACCGGAGACAGUCGCAGUGGUGAGAAGUGACGAGACGGAGAAGGUAAGCUCGAGAAGGAAAAGCAGAAGCAGAUCGCGAUCAAGGUCUCGAUCUAAAUCGAGGAAGAACAGUCGUUCGAGAAGUCGAUCGCGAUCUCCGACAUCGCGCUACCGGCGAGGCGGCUACAAGUCGAGACUCAGUCGUUCUCGGUCGCGAUCACCCAGAGGCCGUUCCCGGUCUCGAUCACCGCUCCACUACUCGAGACGACGCGACUUCUCGCCGAGAUCGCGCGACUACAAUCGGCGCGACUUCUCGCCUCGCAGACGGCGCACCCCUUCCAGGACGCCACCCCCCUCCCCACCCAGAACUUCAUCCACCUGGCAUGCCAACCACGAUUAUCCCAACUAUUAUCCACAGUCGACGGAUCCGCCCAAACACAUGGUACCGUCAGCCUAUCAGUACAGGGAACUAGAUCAAUAUAGUGCACUAGUCCCCGAACUAAAUAAUGAUGCCUAUGGUGUUAUGCCAAAUUAUGGAGGAGGUAUGCUUAAUUACAAUGCUCCUCCACAAAAUUCCAACUACUACGAUGGAAGUCAACUAGGAGGCUACCCACCACCCCCGCCACCACCUCCACACAUGGAAUAUGCGGGAUCUAUGCCGCCUUGGCAUCCUCCAAAUAUGAUUCCGCCUCCAGGAAUGCCUCCCCACAUGAGUGCACCACCUAUGGCGCAGAACCCUGCCAAUACAGUUAAUCUAACUGGACAUGUUGAUCUAACUAAAUCAUCCAAUGAUGCGCGAGCACAGAAGAAAGUCAUGGAUAGUGAAGAGGCUAAAAAAUUGGCACUUGAAAAUGAAGCCAAACAACAGCGAAUAACAUUAAUAAAUCAGAGAGCAGAGUAUUUGAAGAAACGAGACGUUCUGCAACGAGAUCUGAUGCUACAAGAUCAGAAGAAAGAAAUAUUGAUGGACAAGCCUUCGGCUGAAAAUGAUUCUGUACUUAAGCAAAACCACAGUCUACAGACUGAAAUCAACAAUAAACUGAAAGCUAUCGGGAAUGUAAUUGACAUGCUCAAUAAUAUAAUUGGGCCAAAGGAGAAGGAAGAGGAAGACGCUGCGAAGAAGUCGGAGAGUGAUGAUGAUGAUGAUGAUAUACCCCGGCAAGAGGUUGAGAGUGAGGCGAGCGGCAGGGAUCCGCGACUGAGGUCGAAGUCGCCUCCCUCAGGGCACCAGUCGACUCCAUCGCCGCCCGGCGACGAAAAACACACUCCGGAACGCGGAAGACGAACUCCGGAACGCGGAAGGCGGACUCCGGAACGGAAACGGACUCCGGAACAGAAACGUACCCCGGAACGAAAACGCACUCCAGAAGUGCCAAACAGGAACCGCAGCCAGUCUCCUGUGUCUCGUUACAGGUCUCCGGAACACAGCAUGGCGUUUUCCUACGCUCAGGAGCCAAGCAAACCGAGUCCGGAAACCAGAAUCCAGCAGGAAGCGAUUGUUGAAAAAAAGGCUGCUCCAGUUGCUGAAAAGCCGCAGUUCAAUUACGUGCAUUACGACCCGGAAAUACACUGGUGUAAAGUAUGCAACGUGUUUCCACGUACAGCUAAAGAAUACCUCAAUCAUUUACAUUCAGAAGAGCACAAGAAAGUUACAAAAGAACGCAACAUUCAAGAUCUGCCUUGGCAUAAAUUUCAAGAACCAGAUGAACCGAAAGCUGCUCCUGAUGCACCUGUUAAGAGAGUACCCAUUAAAGGGCUGCAGUUUUUCAUCUCUUCGACUGCCUGGUAUUGUAAGCUUUGCGACCAUUGGAUCGGUGACCUUCACUGUGCCUCACUGCAUCUCAAGUCUGCAAAGCACACUAAAGCUUACUCUGAUUUCAUCGAUCAAUAUUCAAAUUGGGAAGUGGAUUGGCUGGCCAACAGGUCUCGAGCUUAUGAACGACAAGCAGAUGAAAAACGGCUGAAAGAUGCUGAGCAGCAGAAGGAGGAAAAGCAAGUGAAGUGUGAGCCACCUCAACCCAUUGCUCCCAUUAAGAAGCCGCCAUCUCAGGAGACUGCCAAGUCUUCAAGUGCAUUGGAUGCAAAGGAACAGCUGAGAGCAGCGCUGUCUCUAUCGUUAAGUCAACAGAUCAAGGCGUGUAUUGAAGAAAAUAACAAAGAUAAACAUGCAUCAAAGCAAAAAUCAUCAAGCAAGAGAUCCAGGUCUAGUAGCUCGAGUAGUUCAAGCAGUAGUAGCAGCACCAGCAGCAGCAGCAGCAAUGACAGUAAUCAUGAUCGUAAACAAAAAUCAAAGCCAAAGCCAAAGGACAAGGCUAAAAAGAAAAUAAAAGAAAAGAAAAAGAAACGUGAAAGAGAGUCAGAUCCAAAGGCAGACAUGAUUGUGCCAGUACCACAGGUGAAGAGCCGUUGGGAUGAUCCAAAGACCCCUGCUAGCCGGUGGAAUGAACCACCAACCCCCCACCACAGCUCCAACUCUGAUGACAAGUACGAGGACAAGCUCGUGAAAGAAUGGAUGUCUGGCUCAAAAGGUGAUGUCAAGGAAGAAUUGCUGCAGAAAAAACAGGAAUUGAAAUCUCGAAUCAAGCGCAGGGAAGAAAUGGAGAAAGCACGUUCUAGCAAACAAUCUGAAAGUCGCAGAAAGGAAAACAGGAAGGGAUGGGACAGUGAUGAUUCCAAGUCAAGCUCCAAGUCGAGCUCCUCCAAAUCAAGCUCCAAAAAGGACAGUUCCAAAUCUCCAAAACCAGAUAAUUCAGAAAAAAGUAAGUCAGGGAGUUCUAAAAAAUUGUUAAAAGUUGGUGCUUCUACAGAGAAAGCAACAGAAAAGAUCAAUGAAAAAAAGAUGCCAACAGGAAACAGAAAAAUAUGGGUGCCAGGGGGGAGUGAUGAAUCUGACAAUGAAGACAAUACUGGUGAAAAGACAGCCAAGGUGGCAAAAGAACCAGCCAAGAAACCUCUGAUGAUAAUCAAGCCCAAAUUGCCCUUUAUUGGUAGAAUGCCAUUUGUUAACAGGGUUUUGGCUAGGAAAAAGGUUGAGAUUGAAAAGGAACUUGCCGAGAAAGAGAAAGAACAGGAACAAGCUAAAGCCAAUGAAGUGUUGGUUUGGCCAAAUCUGCCCAAAAUGGCCGGUCCAGAUCCGCAGAGUGAUGCAGUGAAGGAGAAGAAUGAACCGCCAACUGACCCCUCGACCACCCUCCACCUCUCCACCUCAUCUACAACAAUCACCAGAGAUAUUACUGGCUUCUAUGUUCGCAACACGGAUGACAACAUUGUCAAAGAUAUGGACAUUGACGAUGAGAGUGCUGCCACACCCAAUCAGAAAGACCUUCCACAAGACUUCAAGGACACAUUGUGCAUACUCUAUCCAGGCCAAGAGCCACCAGUUCAGGAUACUAGUGCUGUUCCUGUGGCCGCAGACUCACUACUAAUGCCACCUCCACAAAAAAUUCCACCACUACAUUUGCCCCCUCCACAAAUUCAACCCCAACAAUUACAAAUGCCCCCUCCACGAAUCCAAACACAACAAAUGCCUUCUCUACAACAAAUGCAAAUGCCUCCUCCACAAAUUCCACAGCAACAAAUGCCUUCUCCACAGCAAAUGCAAAUGCCUCCUCCUCAAGUACCAUCUCCACAGCAAAUGCAAAUGCAUCCUCCUCAAAUGCAGAUGUCUCCUCCUCAAAUACCACCCCAACAAAUGCAAAUGCCUCCUCCUCAAAUACCACCUCCACAACAGCAAAUGCCUCCUCCAAUAAUAAUGGGCCCUCCCGGACCAGUGCUAGUUCCCUCCAGAUCUAUCCAGAGCAUUUCCCAGCUCAUGGGGCCACCUUUAAUGCGUCCUCCCGGACCCCCCAAAAUGCGACCUCCCGGACCCCCCAAAAUGCCCCCUCCUGUUAAAACCCCCACCGUCGAUCCAACUCCUCCUGCCGCACCCACCCAACCAGAAGAAGAACUGGCUGUAAAGAAGAAGAACGCACCGUCUCAGAAGAAACGCAAGCAUCUCAAACAACUGAAAGAAAAACUGGAGAAAGAACUUCAGGAGAAGAUCGAUGUGGCUAGGAAGAACCAGGAAGCCAACCAGAAACAAGAUAGAGGGGACGAAAAGAAGGAAGAGGAUAAAAAGAGUGAAGAGAAUAAGGAGAGUGAAGAGAAUAAUGAGAGUGAAGAGAAUAAGGAGAGUGAAGAGAAUAAGGAGAGUGAAGAGAAUAAGGAGAGUGAAGAGAAUAAGGAGAGUGAGAAAAAUGAAAUGAGUGAAGAAGAUAAAAAGAAAGAAGCGGAUAAAAAGAAAAUUGAAGAUAAGAAGAGAGAAGAACUAGAUGAGUUGGCAAUGCUGGGUAUUGAUACUGAUGAUAUGGCAGCACAUAAUCUGCAUUGAAUUGAGAAAUUUUAACAGAAAAACGCAAGCAGAUUGAAAAGACUAUAUUCAAUUUUCAGUUUUUUAGCUGCAUGCUGGUAUAUAGUCAUUUAGCUUAGUGUAUUUCAAACUAUCCAAGCAAAUUGAGAGAUAAAGUUUUGUUUUAUCGCUUAUACAUGUGUACUUGUGCAUGUAGGUCGUGUGAAUAGAUUUUCAGUUUUUUAAUACUUUCAGUACCAUGUCUUUUGUUGGUAUUUCUAAUUUUGCAAGUAAUUUAAUGAUAUAAUAAUUAUCUCAGUGUUAUAGUUUUGUCAUAUCCUUAAUGAUAAUUACAGUAUUAAGAUUGAGAGUUAUUCACAUAUUUUUAAUUCUGAGAAAACCAACAUACUCAUUAUAGUUGAGUUAUUAUUGUUUGACUACAAAAAUGAUGUUCGGAUAAAGUUGAAUGUUUGUACAUGUGCAAAUAGUACAUGCAUUUUUACUUUUUACAUCAAUAAAUUAUAUUAUAUGAUACCAUAAA